ACUCUAACUGCAGCUAUGAGUUCAGACGAGAAGGGCAUAUCCCCUGCUCAUAAAACCUCCACUCCAACCCAUAGAAGUGCCUCCUCUUCAACAUCCUCCCAUAGGGACAGUCGGCAGAGUAUCCACGUACUGGAGAGGACUGCUUCCUCCAGCACCGAGCCCUCUGUCAGUCGGCAGUUGCUCGAACCCGAGCCGGUCCCCCUCUCCAAGGAAGCUGACAGCUGGGAAAUUAUAGAAGGGCUGAAAAUAGGCCAAACCAAUGUCCAGAGACCAGACAAACACGAAGGCUUUAUGCUGAAGAAAAGAAAAUGGCCUUUAAAAGGCUGGCACAAGCGUUUUUUUGUCCUGGAUAAUGGAAUGUUAAAGUAUUCAAAGGCACCACUUGAUAUUCAAAAGGGGAAGGUCCAUGGAAGCAUCGAUGUCGGACUCUCGGUCAUGUCAAUUAAAAAGAAAGCUCGGAGAAUAGACCUUGACACAGAAGAGCACAUCUAUCAUUUGAAGGUGAAAUCCCAGGACUGGUUUGAUGCAUGGGUCUCCAAACUACGUCAUCAUCGAUUAUAUCGGCAGAAUGAAAUUGUCAGGUCACCAAGAGACGCUAGUUUUCACAUAUUUCCUUCAACCUCCACAGCUGAAUCCUCACCAGCUGCUAACGUUUCUGUUGUGGAUGGAAAGGUGCCACCAAACAGCUUUCCGUGGCAGUCCCCUUUGCCGUGCAGCAACAGCCUCCCCGCAACCUGCACGACGGGCCAGAGCAAAGUGGCAGCCUGGUUACAGGACUCGGAAGAAAUGGACAGGUGUGCCGAAGACCUUGCACACUGCCAGUCAAACCUUGUGGAACUUAGCAAACUCCUGCAAAAUUUGGAAAUACUUCAGAGAACUCAGUCAGCACCUAACUUUACUGACAUGCAGGCUAACUGUGUAGAUAUUUCAAAGAAAGACAAGCGGGUCACAAGAAGAUGGAGAACAAAAAGUGUCAGCAAAGAUACAAAAAUACAACUGCAGGAAGGGCCAUCUGUGAAGGGCCAGUUCAGCACCACUCGGCGCCGGCAGAGGCUAGCGGCAGCAGUGGCUACAACAGUCCCUUUCAGUGCUACCAUGUCACCAGUCCGCUUGCACUCCUCCAACCCCAACCUUUGUGCAGAUAUCGAAUUUCAGACUCCCCCUAGCCACCUCACCGACCCUCUGGAAAGUUCAACGGAUUAUACAAAGCUUCAGGAGGAAUUUUGUCUAAUUGCACAGAAAGUGCAUUCUCUUUUGAAGUCUGCAUUUAAUAGCAUAGCUAUAGAGAAGGAGAAGCUUAAGCAGAUGGUUUCUGAGCAGGAUCACAAUAAAGGCCACAGCACGCAGAUGGCACGGCUCCGACAGUCACUGUCUCAGGCACUCAACCAGAAUGCUGAACUAAGAAGUCGGUUGAACAGAAUACAUUCAGAAUCUAUUAUUUGUGAUCAGGUUGUCAGUGUAAAUAUUAUCCCUAGCCCUGAUGAGGCUGGUGAGCAAAUCCAUGUCAGUCUCCCCCUGUCACAGCAGGUAGCCAACGAGAGCCGCCUCUCCAUGUCAGAGUCUGUCUCCGAGUUCUUUGACGCCCAGGAGGUGCUGCUCUCUGCAAGCUCAUCAGAGAAUGAGGCUUCAGACGAUGAGUCUUACAUCAGUGACGUGAGUGAUAAUAUAUCUGAAGACAACACCAGUGUUGCAGACAACAUUUCUCGGCAAAUCUUGAAUGGGGAGCUCACAGGAGGAGCCUUCCGAAAUGGCCGUCGAACAUGCCUGCCAGCCCCCUGCCCCGACACCAGUAACAUUAACCUGUGGAAUAUCUUGAGGAACAACAUUGGUAAAGACUUGUCUAAAGUCUCUAUGCCUGUGGAGCUAAAUGAGCCACUCAACACCCUGCAGCAUCUCUGUGAGGAAAUCGAAUACAGUGAGCUUAUGGACAAGGCUUCAGAAACUGACGACCCCUACGAGCGCAUGGUUCUUAUUGCUGCAUUUGCAGUUUCAGGAUAUUGCUCCACCUAUUUCAGAGCAGGAAGUAAGCCAUUCAACCCUGUCCUUGGGGAGACUUACGAAUGCAUUAGAGAGGACAAGGGAUUCAGAUUUUUCUCAGAACAGGUUAGCCAUCAUCCACCCAUUUCUGCCUGUCACUGUGAAUCCAAGAAUUUUGUGUUUUGGCAAGAUAUCAGAUGGAAAAACAAGUUCUGGGGGAAGUCCAUGGAAAUCCUGCCUGUUGGAACACUGAAUGUCAUGCUUCCAAAGUAUGGAGAUUGCUAUGUAUGGAAUAAAGUCACCACGUGCAUACACAACAUUCUCAGUGGGAGGAGGUGGAUAGAGCAUUAUGGAGAAGUAACCAUUAGAAAUACCAAAAGCAGUGUUUGCAUUUGCAAACUCACAUUUGUCAAGGUGAAUUAUUGGAAUUCUAAUGUGAAUGAGGUCCAGGGGGUCGUAAUGGAUCAGGAGGGGAAGGUGGUGCACCGGCUCUUCGGGAAGUGGCAUGAAGGGCUCUACUGUGGCGUGGCCCCCUCUGCAAAGUGCAUCUGGAGACCAGGUUCCAUGCCAACCAACUAUGAGCUCUACUAUGGCUUCACGAGGUUUGCUAUCGAGCUCAAUGAGUUAGAUCCUGUCCUGAAAGAUCUCCUUCCACCUACAGAUGCCCGAUUCCGGCCAGAUCAGAGAUUUUUGGAAGAAGGAAAUUUAGAAGCUGCGGCCGCAGAGAAACAAAGAGUGGAGGAACUCCAGAGAUCUCGAAGGCGCUACAUGGAAGAAAACAACCUUGAACAUAUACCAAAAUUUUUUAAAAAAGUCAUUGAUGCCAAUCAAAGAGAAGCCUGGGUUUCUAAUGAUACCUACUGGGAGCUGCGAAAGGACCCUGGGUUUAGCAAAGUAGACAGCCCUGUUCUUUGGUAAACUGAGAAUGUAGAGCUAGCCAACAUAUCAUGCUCUGAAUGAAUAAAUAACUAUGCACAAUUAUGUUUCCUAGAGCUCCGCGUGGUUUCUGGGUCGACUGAAAACCGACCGUUUGCUUUUCUAUUCAUCUUUAUAAUGGACUUUCAGAAGUGCAUUAGACAAGGCCCCUAACCACUUUUGGAUCCUUUCUGUUUUGCUGCAGCCAUAUCCCUUAAAAAACAUCCACGCCCUCCUUGAAAAGCAGAAUAAAAGGAGAAUAUCAAAUCCAAAGUCUGAAGUGUUUGUAAAGAAAACAAACUGUCACUGGUGCUUAAAGCUGAUCCAGAGAGUUUAAAGCAACAUGACAUAUAAACCACGCUUUUGGUCCUUUGUCUGGAAGCACCAUCCCCGCAUCUAGAAGCUCCUGUACCACGG